AUGGCCUGGAAACGACCGAUCCGGCGAAGGAUGGACGCUUCAACUCGCCCCAACACCCAUGAUGUGACAGAAUCGGUCCUCCACACGAGUACACGCUCGGCGCACAAGGCUCGAGACGAGGAUGAAUCAACACAUGAGUCUCAAGAAGGCCUUGACAGUGAAGCAUUGGCCUCCCAAGGACUAGCCCGGACGAGCCUGUCCCAGUUCUUCCAGCAUGGGCUACCCUCUUCAAAAUGGGACGUUUUCAAUACGCUUGAUCGAAUGAGAAUAGUCUAUAUUGGGACAAAGGUGUCCAACCUGAGUCACCUCAUUAGCCUGGACCAGUCUUCCAGGCCAUUCUUGGUAUAUCCACAUCCUGAAAUCCAUCCUUCACCGUCACUUACGAGCCGAACAUACACCCCGUCUGCUGCUCAAGAUAGUGCCCAGGACAUUUAUGCCCCCUUCAGCAAAGAGCUGAGAGGUGAGUUGAUCGAGUCCUUCUUCAGUAAGGUCCAUCCGAUUUUUCCCGUUGUUGACGAGCAGUCGUUUCGUUCCAAAUACGACCUGGCACAGGAUGAAAGACCUCUUCUGCUUCUCUACGCCAUCAUGCUCGUCGGUGCUCACGUAUCCCAAGAUGCCAAGGUCAAAAGAUCGAGAUGCACCUUCAAGUCACUCCUCUUCAAACGGGGAAAGUGGCUCUUUGACAUGCGUCACGAGAAUGACAGACAGCACCUCGUCGCCGCUGCAUUACUGUUCACAUGGCAUCUCGAGAAUGCAGAUACUGUCAGUAUGAACGCAUACUACUGGUCCGGGGUUGCUUGUCGUACAGCUUACGGCAUAGGUAUGCACCGCAAUAUUCUGGCGGAACCAGACACACCAGACCGGAUGCCAUGGAGGGACCGACGCCUCUACCGUCGUACGUGGUGGACGUUGUUUCAGGUUGAGGUUAUGUCAGCACUGGAACAUGGCCGUCCAUCCAUGAUACGCCUAGAAGAUUUUGACCAGGGCCCGCUUGAUGCGAGAGACUUCGAUGAAAUCCAGGGCUCCCAGGAUACUCUCGCCACGCACAUCCAUUACUGUGCAAGGAAUAUCGAAUUAUGUUAUAUCGUGGUGGACUUGCUGCGGCUGACGUCGCCAGGUAUCCUCAAAAGGGAUUCUCAAUUAGACCUGGAAACUUUCCAAACGAGACUCGCAAACUGGGCCAUAGGUCUUCCAAUGACCACUGACUUUUGGUCGUUACAACUGCAGCUUCAUUAUCACUGUGUUGUCCUACAUCUGUUCCGCUUGCAUAGCAGAAGUGGAGAUUUCGGACUGGGCUCCAUCAACAGUGUCGAAUUGUGCAGCGGUGCGACUCGUGCCAUUCUAUCUGUUUUUGAGACGAUGGCGGCCACUGAUGUUCUGAAUCAGUGCUAUUCGACCAGUGUCAUGGCUUUGACAGCGGCAGCCAUCUACCUGUCCAAGGAGAUACAGCGGUCCAUCACCAACGGAGCCGUACUGGUGGCAUUAAAUCACGUCAGAGAUCUCGAGCGAGUCUUUCCUAUUGCGACUGCAUUGUCAGAAUACUGGCCUAAUGCUGAUGGGCUACUGAAAUUGUUCACCAACCUUGCCGACAAGUUCAAAAUUCUCAUAUCAGACCAGCAGCAGCCACCCGCUCAGCAGGAAGGUUUUGAUAUCAAUGCUCUGAACGAGAUCAACUGGGAAGAUAUCUUUGCCUAUUCCCAUCAUCACCAGUCCAUCAGCACAGAUGACUGGAUGAAUACUUGGCCUGGUCUUGAAAAGUGA